AGCCUGCAGCCACCCACCUCUCCAUGUCACUCUCUCCAUUUUAGGUGAUAAGUGAGCUGCUCUGGACCACGUCUGGCAAAUGUCCCAAUAUCCAUUACACUGUUAGAAAAUAGACUAGCAAACAUUACCCACCACCCACUGACGCAAACACAUGUGUCCCUACAGCCAUAGAAGAUGCAGUUGAAGCCAAAAAGACACCAUGGACCACCAAGAAUCAGCCUAAUAGACAGAAUGCUGUUUGACAGCCAUCAGACAUGUCAGCAGCCAGGCAUAGUGCUGAUGUUCAAUUCCCAGUAGCAGCAUUUGUCAAGACACAAAUGUUUUCCAACCAACUUUAUGCAAAACUUUGAUUAUUAUUGUCAUCACUGUGAAUGGGAAUGCUGGUGUGGUCGAGUCACAGGAAAGCUAUGGUUCACGCCCAUCAAGAACAGCACAUAGUAAAGUACAUUAGCAGCUAAGGCAGAGGAACUAUUUGGAGAGAACUGGACACAGAGGGAUCACAUGUGACCAAGCUCUUAAAUCACAUUUGACCAUGGAGACAUUGAGAUUAGAUUGUAUGCACCAUAAUAAAUUGGAGCAUCCAAACACUCUAAUAAACAUAUGUAAUAGCAUCAUAUGGGAGCGUAUGGCUUCUAAUGUGAAUGUCCUUUUUGCAAAAAAGUGAGACCUCUAAUCUAGUUUCAAACUGAAAAGAAAACACAAUGGUUUGCAUAAAGCUCCAGCAAUGAUGUCAUCAGAUGGAUGAACGUCUCCAGUGAAGCACCAGUAAUAAUGUUGUCACAAGUGAUGCUGGGUGUUACCCUGUCCCUUCUCAUCCUUCUGACUGUCAGUGGUAAUGUGCUGGUGUGCCUGGCUGUCUGCGCCUCUCGACGCCUCCGCUGCCUCACCAACUGCUUCAUUGUGUCGCUGGCGGUGACUGACUUGCUGCUCGGCCUCGUGGUCCUCCCUUUCUCUGCCCUCCUCCAGCUUAACAACGAGUGGCCACUCGGCCCAGCCUUCUGCAACUUCUACAUCUCAAUGGAUGUCAUGCUGUGCACCGCCUCCAUCCUCACUCUCCUGGCCAUCAGCAUUGACCGCUACCUGGCAGUGACCAGGCCUCUGAGAUAUGCCUCACUGGUGUUACCAUGGCGAGUUGCUGUGGCCAUGGCCAGUGUUUGGGCAGUGUCUGUGGCCGUGUCUUUCUUGCCCAUCCAAAUGGGAUGGAACACAGUAAAUGGGACAGUGCAGAACCACGGGCCUUUGGCUGCAGAGGGGAAAUGUCGCUUUGAGCUGAACAGACCUUACGUACUUACAGACUCUCUUGUCACUUUCUACCUGCCUCUGGUGGCUAUGUGCUGGACGUACCUCCAAAUACUUCGCAUUGCACGGGCACAGGCCAAACGAAUUAUCAGUGCCCGGCCCACAUGCAUCACCAGCUACAACUGCAGGAACAAUCCUUCCACCAGUACCACUGUGGUUUCCAGUGUUACAGCAGUGGCUUUGCGGGAGCACAAAGCCACAGUGACACUGGCAGCAGUGAUAGGGGCUUUUGUGGUGUGUUGGCUGCCGUAUUUCAUCCUGUUCACAGUGUUGGGUCUAAAGGAGCAUCCAGAUCCAAGCACAGUACCAGAAUUCCCCAUUGUGCUGUGGCUGGGUUACGCCAACUCGGCCCUCAACCCUAUCCUCUAUGGAGCCCUCAACAGGGACUUCAGGUCAGCCUACUCCCGUCUAGUGAGAUGCCGAUGCCCUACCUACAGUGGGUGGAAGAGCCGACAGCCAUCUCCUACUGUGACAGCAGCCAGAGACCACUUUACAGAGGUGACACUGCUGUGUGGCCACACUCCUGGCGCCUGCAGAUCAGGUCUAACAGAACAAAACCUAAUGCUUCAAGAAAUGAACAGCGGGACAGCCACAGCAACUAUUCAAUUUGCAAAUGGCACCGCUGCCACCGAUGUCAAUGGCAAUGAGAGGUCAUGCUGAGCCUGUGCUGGUGAGGUGGGUGCUUUGUUGACUUUUCUGCGGUUGCAACCAAGAAUCAGAAUCCAUCAGCCUAAGAAGAAAGAUGGAUAGAGUUUUACAGUCCCUCUAUUUGGAAGCCUUCAAUGCCGCAGUAGAAG